AUGUCGUCGGAGGCCAGCGUCGUGCCUCGCCGGCAGCUCUUCAUCGAUGGAGAGUGGAAGGAGCCUGUUCUGGGGAGGAGGAUCCCUGUCAUCAAUCCCGCCACAGAAGGCGUCAUCGGUGGGCACUUCUCUCAUCGACUUGGAAGCAGCAGCUGCUGCUGCCCGAACUUCCAGAGUGCUCGUUCUUAUGAAUUGUGGCGUUGUCCUUAGCUUUCUCCUUUUGUUUUUCAGGGGACGUGCCGGCCGGGACGGCUGAGGACGUUGACUUGGCUGUGAGCGCGGCGAGAAGAGCCUUCUCCAGGAACAAGGGCAGGGAUUGGUCUCGCGCCUCCGGCUCCCACCGUGCCAAGUUUCUCCGCGGCAUAGCAGUGAAGGUAGUAGAGAUAGAAUAGAAGGAACCUUUUUUUUUCCCCUUCUCAUGUGCCUUAGAGUAGAGUAGUUGAAUCGUGAGUUUCCCGUGUGAAACUGUUUAGCGUGGUCUUUGAGCAGACUCACUUCAUUGUUCCCUAGAAUCCUGCCUAAAAUUGUUAGCACGAGUUUUGUUGCCGCAGUCUCUUGGUGUUAAUUAUUACCCUUCCGUCUGUACCAGCAGAUGCAGGAUGAACGACUUUGUUUUUCUUUCGAGGUUACCAGAUUACUCAGAAUUGUUUCAAAUGGUAUAUUAUUUGAUACGGAAUUCAUACUGAUCUAUUUCAUUUCUGCCAUAAUUUUAUGCCUUCAUGGUCAUCGUGUUGACUUUCCUGCAUCCUUGCUCAAUCAGUACUGCAUAUAACUCCCGCAAAUGAUGAUGUUGAGUGUUUUCACGUUAGUGAUUGGCCUUGAUAACGUAGAAAAUUAUUGUCAGGUCUAACAUCAAGGUUUAUCUGCUAUUUCCAAUUGACUGUAGAUCACAGAGAGAAGGGACGAGCUGGCCAAGUUAGAGGCUCUUGAUUGUGGGAAACCAUCGGAUGAAGCAGCAUGGGAUAUAGUAUGCUGAUCUAUCCCCAGCACCACCUCCUCCUUCUCCUCCUCUCUGCCUCUCUCUGUCAUUUUUCCCUCCUCUUUUGGACUCUUUCUGAAAUUCAUAAAUGUUUGUGUUCUGUACUGGGGUUCAUUCAGGAUGACGUUGCUGCAUGCUUUGAGUACUAUGCUGAUCUUGGGGAGGCAUUGGAUGGAAAACAGAAGGCCCCUAUUUCUCUUCCCAUGCAAACAUUUAAAAGCCAUGUUCUGAAAGAACCCAUUGGAGUUGUUGGAUUGAUUACUCCUUGGUAUGAAAAAGCCAUGCUGAUUACCCGUUGGAUUUAUUCACGUUGUAUUGAGUUUGGGGACAGUAUGAGAUAGUACUAUUUUAGAAUUGUACUAUAGAGCUUUACUAUCCUAAAACUUAUCCAGUGACUAAUAUAGCUUUCUUUGUCUCUUUUUAUUGAAGGAAUUAUCCUCUCUUGAUGGCUGCAUGGAAGGUUGCCCCAGCAUUGGCUGCUGGAUGUACAGCUGUAUUAAAACCCUCUGAACUAGCUUCUGUGUAAGUCGUUCUCUCACAUAAUCUACUUUUUACUUUACAUCUUUGAUGUGGUCUGAAAUCUUGUCCGAUACUUCCAGGACAUGUUUAGAGUUGGCUGAUGUAUGUAAAGAAGUGGGCCUCCCAGCUGGAGUCCUGAAUAUUGUGACUGGAUUAGGUCCUGAUGCUGGUGCUCCUUUAGCAUCCCAUCCUCAAGUUGACAAGGUCCAGAGGCUUAUUGUGUUGCUGAUAAUCAUUUAUGUAUUGUGUGUUUCUCCCUCAUAAGAAUUUCCUAUGAUCUUAAUCCUAAAACCCCUUUUACUAUUUCUUAGAUUGCGUUUACUGGAAGUACAGAAACCGGAAGAAAGAUCAUGAUUUCUGUAUCUCAAAUGAUCAAGGUUUGUGAAUUUCUUCUUGAUAUCCUCUGAUCAAACUGUUACUGUUUAAAUACAUCUUUUCUUCAUGCGACUAUCUUGUUUCAGACGAUGAGAAUGCAUAGAAAUGCAUCUCAGAAAGAAAAUGUCACAUUCACAUAUAAUCCAAUGCCAUUGAACUCAAUGUCCAUAUUCCCUGUUGAUGCUUUUGUUCUGAUGCCAGCCUGUUUCGUUGGAGCUUGGGGGCAAAAGUCCAAUUAUUGUAUUUGAAGAUGUGGAUAUUGAUAAAGGUGUGCCUAUCUUUUUCAUACAUUUCCAUCAUCGUCAAAAUUAGAUCACUAUAAAUAUAACUUUUCAUAUGGAUCCUCUAUGCAUCAUCCUCAUUCCGGCAUGGUCAGUCAUGAUCAUUCCAAAAUCCCAUGUGAUCUAUGCUUCAUAGUUGUAGCAGUUGACAAGCUAUAGUGAUAUCACCAUUAUGAGCUCGUGGCAUGGGUCAAUUGGUUUCAGUUCUAGCUUUGAUCGCAAUUAUUGGACUUUGAACCCCUAUAAUGAUAUGCAUUUAUCGAAGAGAGCGGAAGCCCUUUACCAAGGACAGGUUUGCACAUACCUGGAUCCUGUAAUCCCACCUCAAGAUGGUUCCUUAUCAUUUAAAGAGAAAAAGUCGUGUUUUCUGUUUGAUGAAUGUUGGGAUCAUGAAUUUUUUUUGGCAUACAUUACAUAUCCCAGUUGCAGAUACAUUCACAUGAUGCAAAUUGGGAAAUAUUUCUACAUCCCACUUGUCCGUAGCGUUUUUCCUUAUUGGUUCACAUUUUGUUCCAUGUGUGGCAGAUAUUUGUAAUGCAGCUCUAAACAUUGACAUGGACCAAGUUCUGAAUAAUCCCUUCUUAUUAGGGGUAUGCUUAGUCACCUGUUUAAAUUAUUGGCCUACUCUAACGAUUGCUGGUUAGCUUUGAGUUAGCCGUCCUGACUCUUCAAGAGCCAAUACUUAUUUGCAUAUUUCUCAUCAAAUGAGGGGAAAAUUUGUAUAUAUGUGUAUAUAUUUUGGAUAUUUUCAGAGUAUGAUUGUAUUUCACAUUAUUUGUGAAUGAAUAUCGUUUUCACAGCUGUUGAAUGGGCCCUUUUCGGGUGCUUCUGGACAAAUGGUCAGAUCUGCAGUGCAACAUCUCGCCUGCUUCUUCACGUAAGCGGAGAAAUUGGAUUUGACUCUUCUCACACAAACAUAGUUUCUAUGCUUCAUUUCCUAUGAUGAAGGGGAUUUUGCUUCGACUCAGAGGCAUUAUUUUUUCCAUUUAAUGCAUUUGAAAUUUAAGGCAGCGUCGGUUUUCCAAGGGGAUUCCCUACUAUUAUUUUGAUUUGCUGCACAAAAUUAUUAUGCUUUCUAUCCCAAAUGCGUUCUUUAGUCACUGGCAAGCGCUUGCUUGCAAGAUGGCUCUAAAAAUUGUAUAAGUGAUUUUCAGAAGGUCACUAGACAUUCUUCCGGUGCCACAUGGUUAUGUUUACGCAUGAAAUAUUGCAUGAUUGCUGAGUUCAUGUGAAGGAAAAAUAACGCCAAGAUGACGCUCAUUAUUCUGGGAACAUUAUCCAUGCUCAUUUCCUGCGUGAGUUGCUAACUCUAAAAACAGAGCGUCUUUUUCAUUUGAAUAUAUCAAAUUCAUUUGAUUUUUUUUUUGUGAAAAAUAUCAUUAGCAAGAGGGUCGAGUCAGAUCUGGGGUUCCUAUAAGAUCCAGUUGACCCAAUACGAGUUGACUCAAGUUAACCAGCUACUGCAGCUCGCUAAUGCUCACCUACCCAGCCACAUUCAUAGAUGGGUUAAAUGGCUGUCGGAUCUGUUCAUGUUGCGGCUGGGUGUACUAUCCUUACGGGGAGUCCUUUGGAGAUUUUGACUUAUACAUAAUUAUGAUCUGUUGCAGGAAAACAUUGCCGAUGAGUUCCUCAAGAAAAUGUGCCGUUGGGCAGCUAACAUUAAGGUUUCAGAUCCACUGGAAGAAGGCUGUAGACUUGGUCCUGUUGUCAGUCAAGGGCAGGUAAGGGAACUAUUGGUUGAUACAUGUCGCAUAAUGGAAAACCCCAGUUAGACUUAAAGUGCACUAUUGUUUCGAGAAAAGGGUAAGGCCAAUAUGCACGCCACGAGUACUGAAUGGGUUUAUCCCUAUUCUUGAGUGUCUCUGUUCUGUUCGGGAUGAUCUGUUUGUUUGACCUAAAAAUGUGUGUGAAGUCUCAGUUGUCAUACCAUCUUUUCAUUCUGAAAGGGCGUUUCCUUGCUAUUGUUUCGGAACAGUGCUAGUAUAGACACUAACUGUUCCUUUGCUUCAGUAUGAAAAGAUAAAGAAGCACAUUUUGACAGCAAAGAAUGAAGGUGCGACUAUCCUGUAUGGUGGUGCACGUCCCCAAGUAAGUUAGUCACCCAUCAUGUGUGUGUUCGUGGUUUCUAGAUGGCUUUCUGGUUGACAUCUUUCUGUUGAUCUUUGGCAGCAUUUGGAUAAAGGAUUUUUUAUUCAACCAACCAUCAUAACCAACGUGGAGACCUCGAUGCAAAUUUGGAAGGAAGAGGUUUUUGGGCCUGUCCUGUGUGUGAAGACAUUUAGAACAGAGGAAGAAGCCGUUGAUCUGGCAAAUGAUACCCAGUGAGCUUCUUAUUAUUUAGUUGUCGGAGAUAUCCACGGGCACUAUAACCAUAGUUUACUCCCUGCUUACUUUUGUUAUCUCUAUUUUCAGAUAUGGUUUAGCUGGUGCUGUUCUAUCGAAGGACCCAGACCGAUGCAGCCGCUUAACUGAGGUUUGCCUGGACUCUUCUAAGCAUCAUCUGUGCAUAUUAUUCUAUCAAGUGUGCCAUCUUUGACGGCUUUGGAAGGUCUCAGUUUAUUGGGGAGUAAAAUUUUCAUGGUUUAGCUUGUCCCAUUUUGUUACAAGUUUACCAGCGAAUUUGUUCAGAGCAUGGUUUGCUGCACUUCAUAGCUUUUUACCUACGGGGAGGGUUGGAGUCGGUGAGUAAAUGUAUGCAUUAGAACUAAAGUCCACCAUGAUAAUAAUUGAUUUGCUACUCUUUAAUUUAUAUUAAAAAUAAAACUAUACCCAGAGCCCAUCUUUGAAUUAAUGUCAUUUUAUUUUAUUUUAUGGAUAAAUUGGUAAACGCAGCUAUUAUUUUCUGGAUGAAUCGGUCAACUGUGCCUGGAUCAUCAAAACUUAGAAAAUAUAUUCAAAAAUAUAUUAUCUAUUAUUAAUUCUAAUUAUCCUUAGAGCACAUAGUGCUAUGUGGAAAUAUAUUUUUCCAGAUUUAUGACCUCAAAGUCCCGCUCUAAGCUUGGAGAUCAAGAUGCAUAUUCUCCUAGAUGUGUUAAAGCUCGACCAGAUUUUCAAUAGAUGCUUUCCCAAUAGAUGAUUUCAUAGACCCUACCAUAAGCUACAAGUUCAAAUUCACCAUUCUCUGCUCCAUCUUGAAACUACAGAGCUGUAUUCGACCCACUGUGUUUCUUUGCAGGAAAUCCAAGCUGGAAUUGUGUGGGUGAACUGCUCCCAGCCUUGCUUCUGUCAAGCUCCAUGGGGAGGAAACAAGCGCAGUGGUUUUGGGCGCGAGCUUGGGGAAUGGUUUGUACUGGCAUAUUUCGUCCAAAAUUAAUUACUUAUGCCUUAAAAAAAUAUUUCUCUGUAGGGAAUAAAGUCAACCUUUUGCCGUCGUUUUCAUUUCAGGGGCCUCGAUAAUUACUUGACCGUGAAGCAGGUGACCCAAUACAUCUCAGACGAUCCUUGGGGUUGGUACUGCAAUCCGUCAAAGCUGUAA